AUGAACACUGAUAUUUUUAAAAAAUGUAAUCACUGGUGGAAAUAGAGGUUUAGGAUUCAAAUUAGCAGGAGUAUUGUCUGCAAAUCAUCAUAUACUCUUAACAGCUAGAAAUUUAGAUAGUGUUAAUCAAGCAAAGUGUAAAAUUAAAACAAUUGUACCAAAUGCAAGCAUUACCACACAAUAAUUAGAUGUGUCAAGAUUUGAUAGUAUUAAAGUAUUUCAUAAAUGGAUGAUCUCAACUAAUACUACUGUAGAUAUAAUUGUUAAUAAUGUUGGUGUGAAUGAUGAAAAUCAAUUAGAAAAUAAGGCAUUUGAUAUUAUGAAUACUAAUUUGUUUGGAAUCAUUAAUCUAACAGAAACUAUAACUCACUUAAGAUGGAAAAGUAAUUUAUUCAUAUAUUUAUAUUUUUAGAUUAUUUUAAUAUCUUCUAUGCUUGGUAAAUUAAAAUUAUAACCACCAUCUACCUAAAAAUUAUUAUAAGAGAAAAUGACAAAAUAAUAAAUAUUACAAAUGGCUAGAGAUCUCAUACAUAAUUAAAAAGAAGGUAAUUAUAGAAUAUGGUCUUCGCAUAUUCAACCACUCUAUAAAGUAUCUAAAGUAUUAACUAAUGCUUAUGCCAGAUAUGUCUUAACAGAUUUAGUAUAACCAAAUCAAUCUAUAUUCUGUGUUCAUCUUGGAUGGUAUUCAUAUUCUAAUUAAAUAUUAGAGGGUUAAAACUGAUAUGGGAGGACCAAAAGCUCCAAGUGAAAUUAAAGAUGGAAUCUUUACCAGUAAAUUUCUGAUUCAAGAAUUACCAUAUGGUAGAAAAUCCACAAUAUCAUGCUAAGUAUUUUAAUGA